UCUUUUUCUUUUUUCCUGCACCUUCCUUCCACCAGGAACAAGGAUGACUGGACUCUACUCUAUCUAGCGACUAGGGACCGGCAAGGGUUCCGUGGAAGCAUCUGACGGGCGGAUGCGGGGUCCGGGCCUGGACGCGCUUGUGUGUUCUCUUUUUAUUUUUGUUUGCAUUUUUUUUCACUCUCUCCGUCUUCUACCAGACCACCAGUAUUCCACCCGGGAAAGCAUGAAGAGAAACAUCCGUCUGAACUCGUUGGCUCCCGAUCGUCAAGUCGCAUCUAGAGACUGCCGUCUCUGCACCAAGCGGCGUAUCAGAUGUGACCGGAGCAUUCCGGGGUGUCGGAAAUGUGCCAGUCGGGGGCUAGGCUGUCCAGGGUUCGAUGCAGUUCCUCUUAAAUGGGGACAAGGUGUGGCCAGUCGAGGAAAGCUCGCUGGGAGGACGCUCCCGGUGUCUCCUGGGGGUGGAUCAGAGGAGCAGGAUGGGUUGUCGGGGGCCCUUAGUGUCAGGCCACGUAUCGAUGAUGACAGUGGUCGUGGCCACGAUCAAGACCUCUGCACUUGGACAAACGAUGGAUCCCGCCUGUGGGACUUCUCAACGCAUCUGUUGGACCCAAUGAGUGGGCUUGAUCUGGUCAAUCGGUUCUCCGCCGAUGUUCUCGUCGACAAUCUUCUCAGUCAUUUCCAUUUGGAGGUUGCGUCGAUGCUGAGAUGGCUCGAUAGCUCGGACAAUCCGUGGCGAAGCAUUAUCUUGCCUCUGGCCCGGCGCUCGAACUGCCUCCGUCUGUCAAUUCUUGGUCUAGCCGCUGCGCAUUUGUCGGUGACAUCUGCGGGUGGUAGUACUGAAGAGCCUGCGUUUUUGCAGGCGAAUCAUAGUCUCCGCGAAGCAAGCCUUCGGAUUCUGAAUACAAAGAUACGGUACGAACUAGAUGAUGGUCACGCCACGGGUGCCCGUCAGGAUGGCUCGUCUCUGAUCGAAAUCCUGGCUACCAUGCUCGUCUUGUGCUACGGGGAGAUGCUCGUGCCGUAUUCAACCAACUGGGCUCUUCAUCUACGCGCCUGUCGUGCUAUCAUUGAUAGACGAAACUUGCGGAAUCGGCAGAGAGAGUCGCAAGACCCGGCCGCGCGAUUCCUGGUCAUGGAAGUGGUUGAUCUGGAGACGUUUGUCAGUGUGGCGCCGUUUACCAGGGAGCAGGGCUCUGCGAUCACUAGAUAUUCUCCUCGGCUGCUGGAAGGUCAUUUCUGGACGUUCACCCCGCUGCUGCGUGAUAUUACUGCGGUGGAAAGACGCCGCUACGGUGCUUUACAAAAGGGGUGUGAACCCCCGGGCAUGGACAUGAGUACUUGGCGAGCCAAAAUCGAUGAAGCUUACGCUCAAACGUCCGAGGGAGCGACCACCAUAUUACCGGGAGACGAAGAUACACGGAGACGGUUUGAAGCUUUGCUGCGAGCACAUUACUACGCCUGUUUUGUCUACUGCUACCAAGCUUUAGCUCCCAUGUUUGAAGCAAGGCAAGUUAUCGAUGGGUAUGUAGGGCCUAUCUUGGACGAAAUUCAAUUUCUCGCAAACGGGUCAGCGCGCAGCUUCUCUCAGAACGUUUUCUUUCCGCUAUUCAUCGCCGGUACGGAGUACGGGAGAGACGAACACGGGCAGGCCAUGAUCCAGGGUCUCUUUAUGGACUUGAUCAUCUCGACUGGAUCUUGGUGCAACCAUGCGGUCUUGCAAUUCCUACGUGCUUACUGGGCGAGGUUGGAUUCGCAGGAGACUUGGAUACAGUACGCUCGCAGAAACGAGCAGAAUCUAACUCCUUUUCUUAUAUUUUGAGAGAGUCUUCAUUCGAGCACUCAUUGA